GUGGUCCCGUCUAAUCUGCGGAACUCUGACCAGCAUGCUCUUGACAGGAUCCAGAGGCGCUUCACGAAAUAGUUAUGUGGAUAUUCCUCAAAAUUGACAUACAAAGCGAUGUGAUGAACUUGGAUUUGCCUUCGGCGAAUGAAACUGAACUUAUAUUUUCUUUACAGGUUCAUAAAUCCUGCAGUUGGCAAUCUGGAUGACGGCGUUCACAUCUCUUCAAAUAGCAGAUAUCCAAUCCGUAACAAAGUGUGUAAGUUCAUGACUUCAAAAUUUUCUAUGAGAAUCGGAGAACAUUUCUUUCCAACCCACUACUCAAGCAUUUGGAACAAACUUCCAAGUGAUAUCAGGACAUGCUAUACACUGCAAUUUGAAGCUUGCGAUUAGUAAGUAGUUGACCGUCCAAAACGUGAUUACUAUACUCGGGGCAUCACAAUCCCUAAAUAACGCUUUCGGAAACGUUAUCGGCGGUGCCUGAAUAAGUUUUCGAAACACAUACAUGUAACAUUUCGGACCACGGCACAUUUCAUUUCAUUUUUUUCGGCGCAAGCAUCUGUCAUGUGAUUGUGAAGAAUCCUGAUUCAAUGGCAAGAAAAUAUAGAACGCUUCUGAUUACUGUGUGUUACCUAUUUUGAAAAUGCGUCCAUGUUUAUUUUUGACGAAGUAGUGAUGCAUCGUCAUGAAAAGGUUGUACCAUAAUUUGAUCUGUUUCUUUUAGGGAACAGCUCGCAUCGUCGAGGAAUAUAUUAUUUAUUUAUCUACAACAUCACGGGUAGAUCCGAACCAAAAGUGCCCGUUGGCAGCCUGAGUAUGAUCUGAGUCCGCAUGGGAUGAUGAUUGAUGCCAACUUAUUCUGUCGGCUCCUAACUGGUUCCAACUUUUCUUUCAUUUCAGCUUACACCAAUGGCUCACGCGAUUUUGGAGACCAUUUUAGAUUUCUGUACUAUUAUUUUAACAGUCGGCUGGUCGGUCUUACUGGAGGCGGUGACCAACCUAUGGGCUUUACUUUUUCCAACUUUAAAAGAUCUUACAAACGAAACUGUUUUGGUUACAGGUGCAGGGAAUGGGAUCGGCCGCCUGAUGUGUCUGGAGUUCGCGAAAUACUGUCCCAAUCUGGUUGGUUGGGACGUGGACUUAGCAAAUCUCGAACAUACUGUCAACCUUGUAGCAAAAGAGCGUGGAUGUCUCCUUCGAGCGUAUGUAUGUGACCUUCGCUCCAGGGAAGACAUAAUGAACACGGCCAAGAGAGUCCUGCAGGAGGUUGGUCGCGUUACUAUUCUGGUCAACAAUGCUGGUGUUUUGAGCGCGCGUCCGAUUUUGGAUUUGACACCAGAGGAUAUCGAAGACACUUUCAAGGUCAACGUUUUAUCACAUUUUUAUACCAUCCAAGCUUUCCUCCCCUCCAUGAUUGGCGAUAACAAACCGAACUUGUUAAACUAUUCUGGAGAUGAAGCGAGAAUCGCCCCCAGCGGGCACAUAGUUGCUGUUUUGUCAGUGGCCAGUUUCAUCCCAUGUGUCGGGUUAUCUGAUUAUUGUGCUACGAAAUCCGCGGCCCUAAUGCUGUCAGAGUCUUUGGAACUGGAGCUGUCGGAAAAGGGUUUGCAUAAUCAAAUAUAUGUGACUCGCGUGUUCCCCUUUCUACUCAAUACUCGCAUGUUCGCCGGAUGUAAACCACGGCUACCUUGGCUGUUCGACAUCGUUGAUGCUGAAUAUUGUGCUCGCGCUAUUGUCAAUAGCGUUCGCACGAAUAGACGCGAAGUGUUUGUACACAACCGUUACAAACUGCUUCCACUCAUCAAAUGUCUAUUACCGGAUCGUGCACUUCGCUGCCUGUACAAUCUUACGAACACGCGACAAUUGAUCUCACAAAGGAAUAAAUUUGUCUCGACAGUCAACUCGUAGGUGCCAGAUUUCUUCUGGUGGUGUGCUCAGUUUGCAUUCACUUCCUCCAAACGAUACUCCAACUGGAUUCUGCUUGCUGUCCCCGCAACUUUGUCUGGAUCUGUUUGCCAUUUUACCCCGACGUCUUUUCGUUUCCACUUGCGAUUAAACAUUUUGUCAUGCUUUUUAUAGUUCACGCGACUGUCUCUUCCUUUUCGCUAUCUUUUCAUCACCCCCAUAUGCACCGUUAGAUGCCGAGGGACAGCCGCAUUACAUCAUAGUAAAUUGCAACAUCUUUCUGCCUUAUGCUUGUGCAUGUGUCUCUG